AGUCAAGUGAAAGUGAAAUCAGUCAGGGGGGGAGGGGAGGCGCUGGUCGGUGCAGGAGCUGCAGCUGCUCGGCUCUGUGCCUCCCCUUCCCGCUGGCCGCCCGAGCCCGGGGCCCCCAUGUCCCACAGGCGGGGAGCGCGGGAGAAGGCGGAGGCCGCCCCCGCCGAGAGGCGCAGCCACAAGCGGCCCAGGAGCCAGCGCGAGCCCCUGGCAGGCAGCAGCGGGGGCUGCAGGGAGCUGGAGCGGCAUGAGCAGAAGAGGAAGAAGCGGGAGGUGCAGCAGAUCCAGCAAAUCCAGCACCUGGAGUCCUUCUAUGAGAAACCUCCUCCAGGGCUAAUUAAGGAAGAUGAAACUAAGCCUGAAGACUGCAUACCUGAUGUACCAGGCAAUGAACAUGCCCGAGAAUUCCUGGCUCAUGCCCCAACUAAAGGACUCUGGAUGCCAUUAGGAAAAGAAGUCAAAGUUAUGCAGUGUUGGAGAUGUAAACGUUAUGGACACAGAACAGGAGAUAAAGAAUGCCCAUUCUUUAUUAAAGGCAAUCAGAAAUUGGAACAGUUCAGAGUAGCACAUGAAGACCCCAUGUAUGAUGUAAUAAGGGAAAAUAAACGCCAUGAAAAGGAAAUGAGGAUACAGCAAUUGAAGCAACUGCUGGAAGACUCUUCUUCAGAUGAAGAUGGAAGUAGUGGCAGCUCCAGUUCCUCAGAAUGUAAAGAGAAACACAAGAAGAAGAAAAAGAAGGAGAAAAAGAAAAAGGAAAAAAAGAAGAAAAAGAAAAGAAAGCACAAAUCUUCUAAAUCAAAUGAGAGGUCAGAAUCUGACUGACAGCAGUCACCUGCUAAGUGCUUCUUGACCCCAGAU